AUGGCAAAAUAUGUUGGAAGGCCCUCAGAGCAUGAUUUAAUUCGAGGCUUAAUUAUUAAAAAAUUUGGAUUAAGUGAAUUUGGUUCUAGCAAUACUGAUUCGAAUAUAUCAAUUGAAGAAAAACUUGUGUCAUCGAUAGAUUCGUUCGACGAAAAUGAACAAUACAAUAACAGAACAAUAACAUCUCUUAGUAAUAUAUUGGGUUCAUUUUCCAAGAAAAUCGAUAGACUAAUAGAGCUUGAAGAACUUUACUCAAAAGAAGAUGUUGUAACCUGCGCCAGAAUCAACUCAAGAGAUAAUAAACGCCGCGUAUCUUUUGCUGACCAAGAAUUUAAUAGUGUAGAAUAUUGUACUAAAUAUCAUGAAGAUUCCACAAAUGAUGAGUUUGACAUCGAAACAGCAACCAGUAAUGAUCAAUCAACAACUGAAUUCGAUGAUAGAUCAGAAACAGAGAGUAAUACUCAAUGGCUUAUAGGAGAGAAGAAUGCAAGUCAUGGUUUGAGUAGUACUGAAUUGCGGUCACAAUCUAUACGAAAUUUAUCAACAUUAUGUGGAGUGUUAGGUCCACCGGUAUUAAACUUGAAAGAGUUUUCAGUAUUGUAUACAAAACAAGAUAUUUCAACGUCAAUGGAAGAUCAAAAUUUCAGCACAAAUGAUGAAGUGAAUCAGUCUGCAAUCACGUCGAAAUCACGCAUUCCACUGUUAGAUACCAAGUCUAAAGAAACACACGAUGUAACAACAUCUUAUUCAACAAGCCUUACAACAACGCCAAGAUCUCCAAGCGUAACUGACUCAAUAGAAAAUCAAAUAUCAACUGAUCAGCCAUCCAUAUCAUUAAAUCGUACACAACGAUGGACUUGUGUUCAUGGUUUACCACCCGUCUUAGAAUGUUUAGAUACAACUGAAUUUAUAUUAAUUGACUUAGAUAAUGGUGCAUUAAAACGUAAUCAUGGCAUACAUUCAUAUAACAAUGAAAAAGUUUUUACGUUUAAGAAUCGCAUGGGUGAACUACUAUUUUAUGGCAUUGAACAUCCACAAUUUUGUUCCACAAAUACAUGUGAACCUCAUCGACCAUUUGAAAUGAAUAUAUAUGAUAUUGAUGGUAGAGAAGUAAUUAAAUUAUCUAGGUUUACCUCAUGUAUUGCCGGCUGUCUAAUACCAUGUUUUUAUCACACUCUGACCACAUACUGCCCAGGACAAAUACAAUUAGGCAAGAUUAAACAAGAUAUUACAUUAUGUAUACCUUCAUACACUGUGUACGAUAAUAUGAAUCGUGAUAUUUGUGUUGUACGUGGCCCGUUUGGUGCUUAUUUUUCUGGUAAUAAUUUAACAUUUUGUGUAUACGAUAAUACUCAUGAAGGUUAUGUUAAUUGCGGUUUAAUUACUGAUCGUUGGACACAUGAACAACAGUUUAUGUUUAAAAAUAAUGUUUAUGGUGUAAAAUUUCCAUUAAAUUUUGAACCAAAACGUAAAAUACUAUUGCUAAGUGCGGCGGUGCUUUUGAAAUACAUUUAUUUUUCUGGUUCCUUCUUUCGUCGUCAAGUCAACGCUGAAGAAGAUUAUGUUGAGCCAUUGACAACGGUAUCUACACCAGUUUCGCCAAUUCCCACUACAUUAUCAUCGCAUCCAGUAGUUGUAAAACAACCAGAGUUAAGUACCAAAACAACAGCAUCUAUUGUAAGCUAUGAACCAACGAACUCUGUGAGAGAGAUUCGUGAACAGUUUAAACCAUCUUCGAGAGUGUCUAAUACAAAUUUUCCUAGAAGGCGUUCGGUCACAAAAAUUGGUAAACAGUAUAACAUCUUAAUUGAUGAGUCUUCAUCAUCAUCUACAACAAAAACUGAACCAAUGCCUGAACCAAAAAAUUUUCAUCAUUCAUCUAUUGAAAAAUCAAUUCCAAAAGGGUUCAGCACAGAAAUUGAACUCUGA